GCGAGACGGACCGGGGGCAGCAGGUGCAUUCCAGUAAGGGGGGCGGGGUCAAGGGUCAGCCUGCAGGAAAGUUUGGGACUUCAUCUUUAUCUUCAUCGUCAUCAUCAUCAUCAUGUCCAGCGUGAGAGCGGCGCCCGUGUGGCCCGCGCCACGACCAGCGGCCCGCGGCCCAGCUCGGUGGCGCCGGGCCGGGGCCUCCCACGCUCACAUCUGACGUGCCGCUCAAGUCGAAACGGCGAGGAGCGGCGGCGUGAGAGGCGGAGCCAAAGAUGCGUCUCUGGUGGACUUUGACCGUCGGGUUCUGGAGCGUCUGCUGCGAGCUGCCGUUCAUCGCCGACAACAACGCGGCCAUGCUGGUCAACUGGAACUCGGUUGACGGGAACAAGAAGCUGUACGCUAUCUACGACACAAGCGUCAACGAGCCCGGCAACAUGUCUUUUGUCAAGGAGACCGUGGACAAGCUCCUGAAGGGGUAUGACAUCCGGCUGAGACCGGACUUUGGCGCUACCCCGGUUGCUGUUGGCAUGAGCAUAGACGUGGCCAGCAUAGACAUGGUGUCAGAGGUCAACAUGGACUACACGCUGACCAUGUACUUCCAGCAGUACUGGCGGGACAAGCGCCUGGCCUACCUGGGCAUCCCCCUCAACCUGACCCUGGACAACCGUGUGGCCGACCAGCUGUGGGUGCCCGACACCUACUUCCUCAACGACAAGAAGUCCUUCGUGCACGGCGUCACCGUCAAGAACCGUAUGAUCCGACUGCACCCCGACGGCACCGUCCUCUACGGCCUGCGAAUCACCACCACGGCCGCCUGCAUGAUGGACCUGAGGAGAUACCCGCUGGACGAGCAGAACUGCACGCUGGAGAUUGAGAGCUACGGCUACACGACCGACGACAUCGAGUUCUACUGGAAAGGAGGCGACACAGCGGUGACGGGCGUGACGCGAAUCGAGCUCCCGCAGUUCUCCAUCGUGGACUACAAACUAGUCUCCAAGAACGUGGUCUUCUCCACCGGUGCCUAUCCUCGCCUGUCGCUCAGCUUCAAGCUGAGGAGAAACAUCGGCUACUUCAUCCUGCAGACGUACAUGCCCUCCACCCUCAUCACCAUCCUGUCCUGGGUCUCCUUCUGGAUCAACUACGACGCCUCGGCCGCCAGAGUAGCUUUAGGCAUCACCACCGUGCUCACCAUGACAACCAUCAACACCCACCUGAGGGAGACGCUACCCAAGAUCCCCUACGUGAAAGCCAUCGACGUCUACCUGAUGGGAUGCUUCGUCUUCGUCUUCUUGGCGCUGCUGGAGUACGCCUUUGUCAACUACAUCUUCUUCGGGCGAGGGCCGCAGAUCCAGAAGAGGCUGGCCGAGAAGGCGCUGAAGGCCAACAACGACCGCGCCAACUUCGACCGGCCCACGGACGACUCCCAGGGCAACAUCCUGCUGACCACCUUGGAGAUCCACAACGAGGUGGGAGGUAACGAGGUCACCACCACGUUGUGCGAGACCACACAUAACUCCGCCCCCUUGGCGCUGGACAACUCCUCGGGCGUCCAGCACAGGAGGAGCAGCGGGUGGUCGGGCCGCCGCAGCCUGGACAAGACCGUCCAGUUCAGGAGGAGCCGACUGAGGCGUCGCUCGUCGCAGCUCAAGAUCAAAAUCCCCGACCUGACGGACGUGAACGCUAUCGACCGCUGGUCUCGCUUCAUCUUCCCUUUCAGCUUCUCCUUCUUCAAUGUCGUCUACUGGCUUUAUUACGUCAACUAACUUGUGACUCUUUGUGCUGUUGUGUGUCGCAAACAUGCUUUGUCUCUUUUGGAACCCGCCUGUGACCUCAUGUCCUGACUCCAGACGCCAGCCAGUGUUGGAACACGCCCAAAAUGAUGCAACACGCCCACAAAUGUUGCAACACGCCCACAAAUUUUGCAACACGCCCACAAAUAUUGGAACACGCCCACAAUGUUGGAACACGACCGCAAUGUUGGAACUCUCCCACAAUGUCGGAACACACCGACAAUGAUGGAACACACCCACAAUGUUGGAACACGCCCACAAUGUUAGGACACCCCCACAAUGCUGGAAGACGCCCACGAUGUUGGAACUCUCCCACAAAGUUGGAACACACCGACAAUGAUGGAACACACCCACAGUGUUGGAACACAGCCACAAUGUUAGAAGACGCCCACAAUGUCAGAAGACGCCCAGAAUGUUGGAAGACAGCCAUAAUGUUUGAACACGCCCACAAUGAUGGAACAUGCCCACAAUGUUGUAACCCACCCACAAAUGUUGGAACAUGCCCACAUAUAUUGCGACACACCCACAAUUUUGGAACACGCCCACAAUGUUGGAAGACGCCCACAAUGUUGGAACACGCCCACAAUGUUGGAACACGCCAACAAUGAUGGAAGACGGCCACAAUGAUGGAAGACGCCCACAAUGUUGGAGCACGCCCACAAUGAUGGAAGACGGCCACAAUGAUGGAAGACGCCCACAAUGAUGGAAGACGCCCACAAUGAUGGAAGACGCCCACAAUGUUGGAGCACGCCCACAAUGAUGGAAGACGCACACAAUGUUGGAACAUGCCCACAAUGUUGGAACAUGCCCACAAUAUUGGAACACGCCCACAAUGAUGGACCAUGCCCACAGUGUUGUAAUCCACCCACAAAUGUUGGAACACGCCCACAUAUAUUGCGACACACCCACAAUUUUGGAACACGCCCACAAUGUUGGAAGACGCCCACGAUGUUGGAACACGCCCACAAUGAUGGAAGACGCCCACAAUGUUGGAGCACGCCCACAAUACUGGAAGACGCCCACAAUGAUGGAAGACGCCCACAAUGAUGGAAGACGCCCACAAUGAUGGAAGACGCCCACAAUGUUGGAGCACGCCCACAAUGAUGGAAGACGCACACAAUGUUGGAACAUGCCCACAAUGUUGGAACAUGCCCACAAUAUUGGAACACGCCCACAAUGAUGGACCAUGCCCACAGUGUUGUAAUCCACCCACAAAUGUUGGAACACGCCCACAUAUAUUGCGACACACCCACAAUUUUGGAACACGCCCACAAUGUUGGAAGACGCCCACGAUGUUGGAACACGCCCACAAUGAUGGAAGACGCCCACAAUGUUGGAGCACGCCCACAAUACUGGAAGACGCCCACAAUGAUGGAAGACGCCCACGAUGUUGGAACACACCGACAAUGAUGGAACACGCCUAAAAUAUUGGAACACAGCCACAAUGUUAGAAGACGCCCACAAUGUCAGAAGACGCCCAGAAUGUCGGAAGACGCCCAGAAUGUUGGAAGACAGCCAUAAUGUUUAAACACGCCCACAAUGUUGGAACACGUCCACAAUGAUGGAACAUGCCCACAGUGUUGUAACCCACCCACGAAUGUUGGAACACGCCCACAUAUAUUGCGACACAACCACAAUUUUGGAACACACCCACAAUGUUGGAAGACGCCCACGAUGUUGGAACACGCCCACAAUGAUGGAAGACGGCCACAAUGAUGGAAGACGCCCACAAUGUUGGAACACGCCCACAUAUAUUGCGACACACCCACAAUUUUGGAACACGCCCACAAUGUUGGAAGACGGCCACAAUGAUGGAAGACGCCCACAAUGUUGGAACACGCCCACAUAUAUUGCGACACACCCAC